AUGUGCUUGGUUUUUAGCCUAAUCAUUAUGUCCUAUGAUGUCAGCAAGAAAGAACUCAGAGAUAGCAGCUGCCAUGUGGGACAGCUGCCAGGGUUCUUCCCAAAGGAUGUGAGAAGAAUCAGGGAUGUGCUCGUGCAAGAAACCAAAAGGUCUACAUUCAUUCAAAAUCAGACUGUGGCUACCCUGCAGUGCCUUGGCUCUGGGAGCAAAGUCAAAGUCAACCUUGUGUAUUCAGAGAAAAGGUCAAAGGUCAAGCAAACGCUGAAGAACCUGAGAGUCCUUGCUGCUCCCUGCAGAAACAGCAACUCCCCAAACUGUCACUUAACCCCCACAUCCAAGUUUCAGACUGGAUCCCUUCUAACAGGCAAAGACACAGAUGAGAACCUAAAGAAGAGGCAGAAAUGGAGCAUUGUGGUCAAAUUUCUGAUUGCUGUCACCCUGUUGCUCAGUGGAGUCGCCAUGAUAGUGUUUGUCCUUUUUGAAGUCCCAUGCCCUUCAGUGCUGGGGAGCAGAGAGCUAUGCUGAUGCCAGUGGUUGGGCAGAAGGCAAAGGAAAGGCCAGCAACCUGGGGCAGCUGAAUCCCAGCUUGAGUCUCAGCCCAAGAAGGAAAGUGGUCUCUGUAUGGUUGGACAAGAUGCUCCCAACUCAUCAAGCCCAAAGAAAGCUGCAGGGAUCACUAUCAUCCACGAGACAUACUUCUGA